AUGGCAUCCACCCGUGCCGCCACCGGCAACUCCAAGCCGCGUGUCUUCCAGGCCGUCUCCACCGACCCCGUCCGCAAAACGACCGCAGGCAGGAAGCGCACCACCAAGACCACCACAACAAAGCCCGCUGCCAAGAAGACGACCACCACCGGUCGCGUCAGCAAGCCCAAGACCGUCAAAAGCAAGCCCUCCGUCAAGGACAAGGUCGAGGGCGCACUCAAGAAGGCCGAGGGCACCGUGACCAACAAGCCCGGCAAGAAGGCCGCCGGCACCAAGCAGGCGAAGGGCACCGAUGGCAAGAGCGCUCGUGGCCGCAAGGUCAAGGUGUAG